UGCUGCUGAACAAGCAGGGUGGAGUGAAGAAGAUCUCAGACUAAAUACCAAUUCCAUCGUCUGGCAAUGGUCUCUGCUGAGCCUCUCGAGCAUCUCGCCAAUCGUCCUCCUACCCCUCCCAAAGACAUCGACCACGACCUGGACCAAGCAAUUAGCCUCCUGGACGUGGACUUCACAGAAGACGCCGACCAAGUGCAACAGCCCUGCUCCCGUGCAGGCACGCCUACUCAACCGUCCCCUCCAUCAUCGCAGGAGAACGGAUCGCAUCAUCGGUCAAGCAAGCGAGUCGAGUUUUCGCCAUGCGUCACUGCUCACGAUCCUACACCCUUCCAUGCCACUUCAGCAGGCACCGCUAGUCCUCUUCCACGCCGAUUCCCGUCGAGCAAGCAACCAAGACCUGUCAGAUCCAUACUCAAGGCCACAUUAGACCUGCAGACGCCUACACCCGACGCUGCAUCGCCUGCCCCGGAUUACUUCUCCAUCUCCGAUCCUAAGACCUUCCCCGUCAUGCUCGAGUCUGUCUUGAAGUUCCUCGAGUCUCCGUCUACGGCAAUGCGCCUGGACGGGUACAGCACUCUCAAUGGCGCUCUCAAAGCUUACGACGAUCUGCCUGACAUGGCCGCAAUGCGAUCAAGAAUGCCCGCUCUCAUCAAACACAUGUCCCGCGAUAUUCUCGAAUCGACUCGUAAAUCCGAUCCCAUGACAUCGAAUCUAACCACACAAGCUUUGAAGCUCACGACUGCUAUCUUGAUGUCUCCUGCUCUUGCUGAUUGUCUGGACGAGCAAUUCCAGACUCUGCUGGUCGACCGCGCCAUCGAAGUCUUAGAGCAAGAUCCUGUGCCGAAGGCUAUCGCCAAUCAUCACAUGUUCCUGCUUGCAACUCAACGGUUCCCAUCAAGAGUCAUGACAUCAACCAAGGUAGAGCGAAUUGUCUCUUCCUUGACCACCAUACACGAACGUGUGAGCGGUAAUAGUGUCAUUGCAUCUCGUCUGGUCAUUUUCCAGCGCUUGAUGGACCAGGCAUCCGCCGUCAUGCUCACGAAUAUGCGUGACUGGAUGCCACACGUCUUUCAUGGUGUUUUGAGUAGCAUCAAAGACAUCCGCAUACGCGCCAUUGAUACUGGAACUGACGCUGCUUUGAUGUAUGGCACAACUUAUCAGUCGACCAAGGUCAUCAUCGAUCUUUUCCAUACAGCAACUGCAGAGGGCAGCACAUACGGAGCAUAUUUCACCGCUCGCCUAUUUGACAUGAGCAAACCGAAAGAAGCCGAAGGAAACACAGAUCUUGAAGAAGCCGUUCCACAGAUCUGGUCAAUGGUGGUACUCUUCUUCAAAAGCAAAAAAGUCAGACUAUCACAAUGGCGGUUGUUUUGCGAAGAGUGGUUCCUCCUGAUCCAAAAUUGCCUCAACAGCAAGAACCUCACGGUAAAAUAUCGAGCCACCUGCGCUUGGAACCGCCUCGUCUAUGUAUCAAACCCAGACCGCGAGAUGCUGGAGAAGAUGGAAGGAUGGGAUGUCACGCUCCGAGUCCCAUUCUUACACAUUCUCCACACAAACAAGGGACGAGACAAGAAGAGCAAAGAGAUCCGUCACAUAGCUCUUUCUGGUUACUGUAACUUGCUGCAUUACUCCUUACGACCAUCUCAGCCUUGGGAGGAUCUUGACUAUUUCUGGGAUCGUUACGUUCGUCAAGUUCUUUCGAAGCUACUCCUUUCUGGCGGCAGAGAUGCCAACUUGGCUUGUCGAGUACUCAAGGCUCUGUUCGAUGGCAAAUCGACCGUCUGGGACGAGGACCUAGCGAACAAGGCGCCAAUCCUUCCUGAAGCACUACCUCGCCUAGACUGUAAGUGGGUGCGCUCCAGAUCCCGCACCAUACUGGAAUUGCUAGGCCCAUUCCUUGAACUCUCCUUAGCUCAAUCAGGAGAUGGUCGUGGCAUUGACGGAACGCCUUGGCGGGAGUUUAUGACUGCCAUCGCUAGUGCUGGAAGUCAUGAGGUCUUGAGGUCUCAAGAACUUAAAGAGUGCUUGGCCCAAUUAAUGAAUCUCUUCAAUCGCCUUUGGUCAAAGGCCCCACAAACCGAAGAUCAUCUGGAGACACCCUGGGUGUCGCGCUUCGCCUCUCUUGUACAAUGCUCUAUCGAGAUCAUUGGACCUUUGCCAUUCAGUGAAGAUAACCUCACGCGUAGUGAGACUAAGAGUUUUGAGGCCGCCCCCACUCCGUCGAACCGCUCAUCAAAGCACCACGAGAAGUUGCACUCAUCCGCUAUUUUUCUCUUCGAUUUAUUUGCCCAGCCGCCUCCUGGAAUCAGUGUAGAUUCGGCAUACGCAGACUCUAUCCGUGAACUACUGCAUCAAAUUUGCCGGGGUCGGAACUCACGCAAAGACCGACUGGAUGUCAUUCGGAAAUGUGCUCACGCAAGUUCGGUUUCGACUUCUGCACUUUUAUGGAAGACUGCGGUGCUCGAAACCACAGCGGUUUUGCUUGACCCUAAACUCAACGAGUCCGUUCAAGAACCAGCUCGUCUUGGCCAUCAAGCUAGACAUGCGAUCUCCAUUCUGGCUUCUGGCUUCCAUCACAAUGUUGACGAAACUGAUUCUAUGACUGCCGCGUUCGAGCUGGUCAGUGUUUUGGCAAAGAUCUUGAAGCAAGAAGCUGGUGAAGGCGGUGUAGCUCUUGGUCUUAUGGAACCCCUGGCUGAGGCACUCCUACAGCAGUCCGAGAAAACAGUAUCAAAUCCCGUCCUUGUCCGUUUCGCUACAAAGCUGCUCCUUGAAGGUAGCUUCCCCCGGAACAAACAGCAGAUGGACGAAGCACGCAGAUCUCUUUGGAACACACAUCUGUCUAAUUCGAAGCAAUCAAGCUUCGAGCCGUUCAAUCAUAUCUACGACCUCAUAAAUUCGGCGUUGCUAGCUUCAUAUGAUACUGUUGACCAGAAUACACUUUACCUAGCACAGUUUAUCGAGGCAGCACAAGGGUUCUUGUCGAAAUGUCCCCUGUCUCUCUUCGCAUCGCCUGCACUGCGCAGACUGCAACCUGGAAUCUCGCAGAUCGUUAAAGAUGACCAACGCAAGCUUCAAGGCAGCAAGGAUGCCCAAGAGGUCUUCUCCAAAGUACUCACUUUAUGGCAAUCUAUACUCGAUCAAGUGAGAAACUUGCCAUCAAAUAAGACACUCCUGAAGGCGUUGGACGAAUUGUUCGCUGCUGGCCUAAAUAGCACACACCGAGAGAUAAUCAACCCCACUGUGGCCUUUUGGAAUAGCACGUUUGGCAGAGUCGAAUCUCUCGAAUAUCCCGACAAGAUUGAGCAGGCCAUGAGACGCCUUCAACCGCUCGUCGAUCUUGAUCUGCCUACUUUCCCUCAAACCACAAGUGCAGCUCAGCCAUCUCCCCUCCGUGAUCUGAUCGAGUUCCAGGAAAACAUGGAUGUCCAGGAAACACCGUCGCCCAUCAGGCACCACCCCACCAAAAGACCUCAAAGAAUGAGUGUGCUAAGUCGAGCAGUCGCCGCUAGCCCUCGAAGGGAGAGGACCGUGACACGAAGACAACCUGCUUCCAAGACAGCACCGAAAUCUAAGCUACGACACAAUGAUUCUCAAGUCGAAUUCACGGCUGUUGAAAGUUCUUCACCGGCCCCGAUGGACUCGCAACUUCUGACCGAACAUCAAAGAGAGGUCAAAUCUCGACAACAACUUGAAACAGCGACUUUCUACCCCGAGUUUUCCUCAAGCCCAGGUCCACAGAGAAGAGCUUCAAGGUCAGGUCUACCACUGUUGGACUUCUCCAGGCAGCAGACUGUGACGGACACCGGAUAUGCCACACCCACCCUCAAUGAUGAGCACGGACCGAUCGACGAAUACAUCACGUCUUCACCCACACCAAAAGCUGGCGAGAAAUCACAAGCGCCUGUCCUAGGAGAUACAGAGAUGGAAGACUCGGCCUUUGAGGCAGAUGAUGCUGAAAUCCCGUCAUCGCCGCCGGAAAUGGCGGACGAGACCGCAUAUGAAGGCACGACCGAAAUCGAGAACUUACCACCUACGGAAGAUGAAGGAACAAUUGGAGUCGUCCUUGAUACCCUUCUGGAGAAUCGUGCCACAGAUGUACCUCCUCAGGCCCCCAAGGUCGGAGAUUCCGAGGCGCUCCCGGCAGACAAGCCGUCAGUAAAACCAGCGACACAUCCCUCAAUAAAACGUCUUGGUCAGCACCUCGAAGUUGGCAUCUCGUCUGACGUUUACGUCGACGCCCGGUCAGAGCUCACUAACACCGAGAUCGAUAAUCUUCCGGCCAACAAGGCGAAGCUUGGUAGUCAAGCCGUUGAUGAAACACUGGAAGGUCAAGAUACAAUCGAACCUGAUGGAUCCUCGCCUAUACGCUUCACGGAUAGUCUUUCAGAACAGCCUCGAGGGUCGGACAAGAGUCAGAUUGAUCAGACUACAACCGGGAAUUUGGAGGAUGCGGUCACACAGGGCGAUACUAGCAGAAUCUUGGAUUCCUUUGUUGGAACCGCGUCCGAUGAUGAUGAUACGACAUCAGCCCAGGAGCAGAUACCAGCACAAACAACCACCAGGACUGAUGCUCCCUCAUCAACUUUGAAGCGCAAGCGCGAAGAGCCACCCGAAACAAGAGCUGCGGCUAAGCGCCGCAAGUCGUCGACCUCGCCAUUCAAGCGCAUGAUGACAAGAACGUUAUCAUUCUUCACGGCGAGUCAGCCGGACCUGGAAGACGAUGAAGAUGAAGACAUGCAGGAUUGUAUCGUUGUGGGAAGCCAGAGAGAUCAGGACGACGAGUCUCAGUCAGAAGCUGCAGAAGGUUUUCCGAUCCCUGAAUCGGUCCCCACUAGUGCUGUCCCAACUACAACCAAACGUGGCCGUGGAAGACCAAGGAAGUCGACGACACCGAUAGUCUCGAGUCCGGUCUCAUUAGUCAGGACCCGAGCGGCCACACGACGUGCUUCAAUGCUUGAGGCUGAGGAGAGUCAAGAUUCUGUCAUUAUCGACACACCAGCACCUAGGAAGUCUCGGAGGACAACACGAAGCCAGGAUGCAAAAACGGGCGAAGCAGUCGAACAUAUCAUGCUUCCGCAUACGCGGCGUCGAGGUCGCAAGGUUGAGGGUGUUGUUGUCAGUCCAGGUCAGUCUGUUGAAUCAUCCUACAUUGAUGAAUCGUUCAUUGGCGAGUUAUCAGUGGAUGAGCAGGAAGACGACAAACAGGGCGACGAACAAGAAGGAAUUGAAGAAGACAUUGCUCAAGAAGAGGAUGAAGAGGAAACCAACCUAGAAGCAGACUCUCAGCUCAAGCACGAGGAGCAAGAAGCGGCAAUCCGUGGAAGACCAAUUGCGAAGCCUAAGAGCGUGAUCGCACGGUUGAGAGGGCUCCUUGCCGAGUGUAAGACGCUAAUACUUGGUUCACAAGAGGAGAGAGAGAUGCAGGACGUCCUGUAUGAGCUUGGGAGGGAGGUUUAUGAUGCUCGGAAACGAUCACGAGAGAUGGGAGAGGAGUAA